AUGUACUACUAUGACCCCACUGUUCUGACGUCGACGUUAAAGGCAACAUUUGUAAGACCAAAGGAAGAAGACCCUACAGCUCUUAUAACGUUCAUGAAUUAUAAAAUAAAUCCAUAUACUACGCUGCUAAAGAAGAUGCGGGAUAACCAGCUCAACCGGAUGAAAGAUCCGUCGGUGGCGACGUCACUGGAAACCCGCUUGAGUUCUUUAACGUUGCCGAGUAGCACCAAAAACAGCGACGUCGAUGACUUAGGUGGUCACGCCACGCUUCUGCUUACCAUGGUACGCAGGCGCAGCAAAGAAGAACAAGAAAAGAUUACGGAAAAAACACUGAAUCUGCCCAAAGACGAAGAUGUGGAGACCGACGACGUUUCAAGCGAAGCCUGUGUACAUGGUCUAAGUGUAAGAAUGACAGAGCGCAGCGUGUCUCGAUCGCGAGUGUCGAGGAUAUCGACGAGACGCGAUAUGGAUAUACCCUCAAUUCUGGCAUUCAGUACUAACAUAUCUGCACCGGUACACUUGGAGAUUCCAGCAUUCCAAAAGAUCAACAUGCCGUCACAGCAGGCGGAAAUACCGCGCUGGUCGAUCCGUCGCUCUGUCUGCCCGGUUUGCUCACAGAAGUGGAAGGACCGCAGCUCCAUUGAUAAUGUCAAAUAUUCUGGGUUGAAAAGAAAUUCAACGUCCGAUUUGCCAUCAGUGAUUGCACCAGCCCGUUUAAGAACAUCUAUCACAAGUGGAUAUCAGCCAAGGCCGGCCCUAGCAGCCGUUGACAAAGAGGCUGGAGUAGUGUAUGGCGGUCUUAGAAACACUAGUGCUGCAUGGCAACUAACUCGCGCUCGCCGAUUCCGCAUUCCGAAACUACAAAAGCCCCCGCCAGAAGCCAUCGCACCACCUAGUGCCACUGCUCCUCUGGCUCGAAAAGACCUGGACCUCCGUGUUUCUCGGUUUUUAACGGCAGACCGGGUUAAUCUUGAUUUGUAAUGAGCGUAUAACAGUCGAUGUAACCAUCAAUCAAAACUUUAAUAAGUAUUUUUAUUUUAUAUAACAAUAAAUAUGUUUAUGUAACAUC